AUGAGUGGGCAACACUUCAAUCCUCAUAACCAGUACAGCUCCAGGCAUCGGUCACCACCUCACAGAGGAUCCUUUGAAGAACACAGAGGCCCACAAUCACAAGACGGUCAUACCCCCUCUCAGCCGUUUGGUGGGUCUGAGCGGUAUCGCUUUGACCGGCACUCGGAUGAACCCAGACCUGUUCGCCACAGUGGCCCAUUGCUGCCUACACCCCCAGAUGAUCCCAGAUCUUCACCUGGCCGCAUGGGAAUACAUAGACAAUCUCCUGAAAUGAGGAGGAGGAGCUCUUCAAAUCGUGAAGAAUCACCCCAUAACUUUGGUCGCUUUGAAGGGAGCCACAGGGAAUCUUCCUGUGGUCCUCAACAGCUUCCCGAGGAGCUCAGAAGAGAAAUGCCGGAGGAUCAUAGGCGAGAGCGAGAAGGGCCACAUCUAGGAAGACAGGGCUGGGAUAGGGGGAUCCUGAAGCGGCAGACAAACGGAGAGAUCGUGAGAGGGAUCGCAGUCGUGGAGUUGAAGGUGACCGUGGCCGUGGGCCUGAAGGCGACCGUGGUCGCGGGCCUGAAGGUGACCGUGGUCGCGGGCAUGACGGUGACCGUGGUCGCGGGCCUGAAGGUGACCGUGGUCGCGGGCCUGAAGGUGACCGUGGUCGCGCGCCUGAAGCUGACCGUGGUCGCGCGCCUGAAGCUGACCGUGGUCGCGCGCCUGAAGGUGACCGUGGUCGCGCGCCUGAAGGUGACCGUGGUCGCGCGCCUGAAGGUGACCGUGGUCGCGCGCCUGAAGGUGACCGUGGUCGCGCGCCUGAAGGUGACCGUGGUCGCGCGCCUGAAGGUGACCGUGGUCGCGCGCCUGAAGGUGACCGUGGUCGCGCGCCUGAGGGUGACCGUGGUCGCGCGCCUGAGGGUGACCGUGGUCGCGGGCCUGAGGGUGACCGUGGUCGCGCGCCUGAGGGUGACCGUGGUCGCGGGCCUGAGGGUGACCGUGGUCGCGGCCCUGAGGGUGACCGUGGUCGCGGCCCUGAGGGUGACCGUGGUCGCGGCCCUGAGGGUGACCGUGCUCGCGGCCCUGAAGGUGACCGUGCUCACGGCCCUGAAGGUGACCGUGGUCGCGGCCUUGAGGGGGGUCGCGGCCGUGGAGCUGAGGGAGAACGCAAUCGUGGGCCCGAAGGGGAUCGCGCCCGUGGGCCCGAGGGGGAUUGUGCCCGUGGGCCUGACGGGGACCGCAUUAGGGAGCAUGAAGUGGCGGACAAACGGAGAGAGCGUGACAGGGACCGAGAGCGUGAUAGGGGCCGAGACAGAGAAUCAGAACGCAGAGAACACGACAGAGAGAGGGAUAGAAACCGGGAUAAAGAUCGGGAGAGGGAGCGCAGACGGGAUAGAUCUCGCAGCAGAGAUAGGGAUCGUGGCAAAGAACGCACCCGGGACAGAGACAGGGGCAGAGACCGGGACAGAGACCGAGAGCGCCGAGACCGGAGUCGAAGCAGAGACAAAAAAGAAGACAAAAAGGACUAUCGACAUUCAUCCAGAGACACUUUGA